AUGGGCUGUGCUUCAACCACGCUAUUUCGACAAUCUGCAGCUUUGCACGAUUCUUUUACCCCUUUUGACCCUGGAACACCCCAGGAGAGUCGCUCAAUUUCACUACACAACAUAUCAAAGCUAUGCCUUUUUACGGCCGCCCGAGCAAGAACUGUGAGAGCUGUCGAGUUAGGAGAAUCAAGGCAUUGUGAUCGUAUUGACCCGGUCUGUUCGCAGUGCAAGAGAGUGGGGAAACCUUGUGGUGGCUACCGCGAUAUCCCGGCUCUUUUGUUCCGUGACGAGAAUGACAAAACGGUUCAACGGUCUGUCGAGGCCAAGUCUAAAUCGGAGGCCCGCCGUAAACUGCUAGACGAAUCAGCAGUGGUGAAACACGACAGACCAAUGAAUAAAUCAAGGUUAUCCCAAUCAGGGCUUGUAGUUCAGAGAAAGCCAGAGGUGUUCUGGAUAUCUGGGAUACCAGCAGUGAUGCCUUCCAGCCUGGAGGAUCAGGGUCUCAAAUUCUUCUUCAGUCGGUUCGCAACAUCGAUACAGAAGGCAACAAAAAACCCCAUUAUGCUAGAUAUGUCUGACCUUGAGAAGUCGCCGCUGCUGGCAACCAUUCCAAAUGAGUUACCUCUUCAAGAUGCUGUGAUGGCAGUGGGACUAGCUGCCAUGUCAAACGUGACCCAUGACCAAUCGCUCCUACUAGCCGCAAGAGAGAAAUACCUAGCAGCCCUGAAUAUCAUCCGCGCUGCAGUGGAGAAUCCACAACUGGCCAAUCCCGUGUUGACAUUUAAAAUAAUACUGAUGCUUAGCCUGUUUGAGAUGGUUUGCUGUCCAUCCAAGCAGGUUGACUCCUGGGUAGUACAUCUGGAUGGCAUGGCGGCUCUGCUUAAACAAGCCAGUUUUAGCAACGCUCUGAGCGCCAAUACCCGCCCACAGUUACAAUACCUUUUUAUUUCCAUUGUCCGAUACUUUAUGGUUCAGGGGGAUCUUCCUUCCGUUCUCAUCAAUUGGUCCCCUGAUAAAAUUUCUACUAUCGCACCCGACGAAGAACCAGCUGUCGACCUGGUGGACAUUCUCAUUCGCUUCGCGAAGCUACAUUAUACCGCUCGCAAUGAUCCAGAUCUUGAUCAUGGGGCUAUAGCUAGCUCUGCAGCUUCGUUUGACACAGAACUAGACGAAUGGGAGAAAAAUCUCCCCGACAAAUGGGCCUUCACCCUCAGCGAGUCGAAAGACCACCAGAACACAUUCAAUGGCAAAUAUCUCAUAUACAAUGAUGUGUGGGCCUCGAGGAUCCUAAACAAUUACUUUUGGGGCAGACUGGUUGUGAACGAGAUAAUAUUGAAACAUUUAGCGAGCCACCCUUCUCCGACACUAAGAACCAUGCAACAACGGCAGCGAGCCUUGGAGACGAGCGCACGCCUAUCGAUUAACGUCUGUGCCGGUGCCGCCAGCCAUAUGGGUGCCUUUUUCAAUAUGAUCCCGAACGUUGGAGGCCAACAAUUACCACCACUAAACGGUGCAUUCAUGCUGUUGUUCCCCUUGACUAUGGCCGGUGGUGCUGCUGGAGCCCCUGACGAGGCAUACGAAUGGGUGAUUCAAACACUUCAAAAAAUCGGGGAGACUAUGGGAAUCCAACGGGCCCUACAGCUUAUACCAACAUUGAAAGAGAUACGUGAAAAGAGA